AUGUUCUACCUAUACUAUUCCGUUAGCACUUUUGGCUCGCAGAGUUCUGCAAUUGGCGUUGCGCGAUCUUCCACCCUGGACGUAGGCACCUGGCAAGAUUUGGGUUCCAUUGGUCUGGACUCUGAUCCAACGAAACCCUAUAACUCAAUCGACGGCAAUUUUUUAAUAGACUGCAAUGGAACGGCUCUUCUCUCUUUCGGUAGCUGGUGGAAAGGGCUACACCAAGUACAGUUGGACGGUGAGCCUACAUCAGUCAAGCAGGAUUCACAAGCCGUGCAGCUUGGCUUCGACCCAAAUGAUCCGGCCACAGAGGGUGGCUACAUGUUCAAAAAUAGAGACUUCUAUUAUCUGUUCUACUCUAGAGGCAAGUGCUGCGGGUAUGACAAAGAUCGUCCGGCUGCCGGCGAAGAGUACAGGAUCCUAGUGUGCAGAUCCACAACGGCGACGGGCGGUUUCGUCGACCAGGACGGGACAUCCUGCACGAGCGGUGGUGGAACAACGGUUCUGAAGUCUCACAACUGGGUGUAUGGACCUGGAGGCCAAGGCGUUUACCAAGAUCCUACGCAUGGUCCUAUUCUGUACUAUCACUAUGUUGACACUAGGAUCGGCUAUGCAGACGGCCAGAAGCGAUUCGGAUGGAAUAAGAUUGAUUUCUCCAGCGGCUGGCCUGUUCGCGCUGUUUCGCCUUCCCGCGUUUCGAAAAUCUUCCUUCGCACCUUUUCCCAAGCCGGAAAGUACACCUCCACGAUGGACUUUAACUCGUUUUCAUCGAAUCCCUUCACCCUCUUCCAAUCAAAAGCCGAGAGCUUAUCGCCUCGUGAGGGCCUCGGAGAAGUCGUAUCAGGGAGCCAUUUUCGAAGUUAUUUCAUCGCGAGCCUUGACGUCGUCAACACUCAUCGCCACGAAGCCCUCAAGAUCCUUUACGACCACAUUCUCAUCUUCCCCCCUCGUUAG